AUGAAGCUGUUAGCAAUAACAUUCUGUUUUUUCUUGUUUUUCAUUUUGACAAACACCAAGUUUAGUGUUUGUAUAGGCAGUUGCAGAGAAAAUGAGCAACAAGCAUUGGAGAGUCUGAAGAAGGAAGUAUAUGAUCCCAGAGAUCAUCUCUCCUCUUGGAUUGUUGGAAAAGAUUGUUGUGAAUGGAGAGGGGUUGUGUGCCACAGUAUGACCCGUCAUGUGAUUGAGCUUCACAUAGGCAUUGUGGAUCAGAUUGGGAACAAGCCUAUAAGAUAUGAUCUAAGGAUCAAUAACUUUGAUUGGCUGCCAAGUCUUUCAAAUCUUGAGAACUUGGAGAUGGAGGAUGUGGAUCUCAGCAAUGUAACUAACUGGCUGCAGGUGGGUUUUCAAUCUCCCUAG